AAAUAUAUCAGUGUGUAAAAUAAGGUAGUAAACAUAUUUCAUCUAUUUUUGAACUCUCUUAGAAGAUUGUAUUAUCGUCUUUUUGUUACUAGUUCAAUCAUAUAAACGAUUCACGCUGUAAGUAUAUUUCAACCUUUCAUUACAAGUAGGCUGAAACUGGUCUUUGUUCAAUUGUAUUAUUAAUAAUGUUUCGAAUUUAUAAUCUAGAACAAAGCUGGAGUGUCAUCAUUCGGUUUUGGUGCGUGGAACUAACACUUCAGACGAGUCGUUAGUGCUCUUUCUUACAAAUAUUUAUUUGUCAAAUAAAACUGAGUAAUAACAAGUGCUGAAAAAAAUCUUCCCUUCAACUCAUAUUUGUUUUGUUUAAAAUUUAGUACUUAUAGCGUUGACAAAGACUCGUAGAAAGUUGAAUAACCUCACCGCUUUCUCACGAGACGAUUGUAAAAAUGAUUCGAUCUCGUUUUGUACGAUUUCCAGUUAUAAAGCCAGCAUGUUUUUCACCGGCUUUUGGUUUUUGUUUUCAAAAUCCAUCGCUAUUUAUUAGAAAGGCCUCUUCGAUGACUGCAAAGACAACAGAAUCAGUUGUGUCCAAGGAUACUGCUUCUAAAGAAGGAGGACCAACUGCUAUCGUUAUGCUUAAUAUGGGUGGACCAUCGAAUUUAGAUGAGGUUGGCCCUUUCCUGGAACGCCUCUUUGCUGAUGGUGAUAUUAUUCCACUAGGCUACUUUCAGAACUUCCUUGGUAAAUUUAUUGCUAAGAGAAGGACUCCCGUCGUUCGAGAUCAUUAUAAAGACAUCGGUGGCGGAAGCCCAAUUUUACAUUGGACUGAAUAUCAGGGAAAAGAGAUUUGUAAAAUCCUGGACAAAACUUCUCCUCAUUCAGCUCCUCAUGUUCCUUUCGUGGCCUUUCGUUAUGCUCCACCUUUAACCGAAGAAAUGCUAAAGGACUUGAAAGAUUCUAAAAUUAAGCGUGCAGUCGCCUUUAGUCAGUAUCCCCAAUGGUCUUGCUCAACUAGUGGUGCUUCUCUGAAUGAAUUGCGAAAACAGCUUCUUGAAAUGAACAUGGAGCAUGAUAUUGACUGGUCUGUUUUAGAUCGCUGGCCUUUGCAAGAAGGUUUGUUGACGGCUUUUUCAGAAAACAUACAGAAAACCUUGGAGACGUAUCCUGAGGAGGAACGAGAAAACGUUAUUAUUAUUUUCAGUGCCCACUCAUUACCCAUGUCUCAAGUUUCUAAAGGAGAUCCAUACGUAAAUGAAGUUGCUGCGACUACUUACGGAAUAAUGGAAAAACUUGGAUUUAAGAAUAAAUUUAUAAAUUCUUGGCAAUCAAAAGUUGGCCCCAUUCCUUGGAUGUCUCCUUCUACAGAAGAUGUAAUCGAUCAAUUUGGAAAGCAAGGUCACAAAAACAUGAUAUUGGUCCCUGUCGCCUUUACUUCAGACCAUAUUGAAACCCUGAAGGAACUUGAAGACUACAUUGAGGAUGCUAAAAAGAAAGGCAUUACCGGGGUAAAACGCGCACCCAGUAUUAAUGAUAAUGCUGUAGCUAUCAAAGGAAUGGCAGAUGAAGUAAAGCUUCAUUUGGAAACAAACACAUCUCAUUCUCGACAGUUUACUCAAAGAUGCCCCGGCUGCACAAACGAGUCUUGUGAAAAGCGGAUUGAGUUUUUCAGAAGAUGUUAACUCAUUCUUAUGGUUCUUGAUUAUUUUUUUUUUUGAACAAAUUAUUUAUUUUCUAUCCUUGCUAUUCCGAUGCUGUCUUUUUCCUCAGCAACGUCACUGCAACUUUCACUUCCGAUUUUAUUUCUGGAUAAUUUAUAUCAUCAGUAAACAAAGAAAAAGAAAAACAAUUGUACGAAGAACGCUAUGUUCGUCUUGUGUGUAUUCCAAUGCCUAAAGGAUAGUAAAGGGGUUUAAUUUAUCAUUUUCCCUCUUAUUUCAGACUAGCAAAGGUUUGGGCCAAUUUCAAGAAAAAAAACAUAAGUUAAUGAAUAAAGAAAAUGAAUAAUAUAUGUUGAACAAAACAUAGUUACUCUUCCACUCAAGUAAUUACACAUUAUCGAUCACUACUUAUAAAAAGACGAA